UUGGUUUAUCCGUUUGCGGCCAUUAGAGCAUUUCCGAACUUCUCGACAAAAAAUGGCUUACCGCGGACAGGGGCAAAAAGUGCAGAAAGUGAUGGUUCAGCCCAUCAAUCUAAUCUUCAGAUAUCUUCAAAAUAGAUCACGAAUCCAGGUGUGGCUUUAUGAGCAAGUGAACAUGCGUAUAGAAGGUUGCAUCAUUGGAUUUGAUGAAUAUAUGAACUUAGUGUUAGAUGAUGCAGAAGAAAUCCAUCUAAAAACAAAGACAAGAAAACAGCUUGGUCGCAUUAUGUUGAAAGGAGACAACAUUACAUUGUUACAGAGUGUUGUGAAUUAACGGAACAAAGAUUCCUACCCUGGUUGUGUACUUGUGGGAUUUUACAUUUACUUUAU